CACAGCUCGGCACACCGCGAUGGAGGAAUUGAGCUAGAUAACAAUUGGAAGCGGCAGGAAUUUACCCGGCCUGUUCACCGAGUCCUCUUAUCGCCACUUUAGUUGUCAGCUGAGCCAAAAGCUUCCUAGUAAACACAUGCAGCGCAAUCAAAUUCCAUAGCUGGGCAACCUCGAGGAAGGCGUCUCCGGAGAAAGCAACCAAACACCCCACCCCCCACCUUGUUCCCAAGGGCUCCAAGUCACGCUUAUGACACUUUUGGCACUCUACCCUGUUUUGUUUUUUCCCCCCCUUUCAGAGUUGACAAGCGUUCUGUAGCCCCUCUGAAGGGAACUUUAAUUACGAAAAUUAAGCAGUAAAUCUGACUUUGCCCCCCCUCUAGAAUAAUCAAUAUGCAAGACUGACCUGCCAGUGUGAGUCUCCCAAGCAUUCAGGUUAAUAUUCAAAUAGGUUUAUGUUUGCCUUUGGGGAUAUCUGACAAAUUGUUUUUUUUUGGGACAUUUUAAACAGUCUAACUACAUUUGGUGACAAACUCCAAAGAAAGACAGAAUAUAGAUUUUUCUGUCAGGAGUGAUUGUAAGGUUUCUGUUGACCCCCCCCAAGAGAGAAGAGAAAAGCACCUCUGUUAACAAACAUUUGAACUAAGAUUCCUUUGAGUCUACACAUGCCCAGUUUGCACAGUCAUAAAAACACUCUGUACCUGUUAUUCUCUUAUUACUUGGACAAAGCCAGAGGAACCCUGAACUUGAGACAUUCUGAUUGUGUUGGACCUGCAACAUGUGAAAGUACAGCCAUCCGUGACUGACAGCUCAAACGGAAGUCUCUGGUGAUGCCAUAAUGAGCAGUAUGGCUGGACUCAGGUACUGAACAGAGCAAGGGAAUCCUCAUGUCCACAUAAAUCCGACUACAACGUGAACUCUUCCACAUUAACGAAUAUAUCGGGCGCACCAAGGAGAGCCCAGAGCUUUCUGUUAAGCCUUCUGCCAAGUGUCAGUUUUAAUUCUUUUAUUUCACCCACGCCUGUGCAUGGUGCAAGGAUGCCCCAUAACACUGCCCGCUGUUCCUGAGAAAGAGACCGAGGAGGAGGAGACAGGGUAGGAAAUGACAGAAUGCCUGACAGAAUACAAAGCGCUGGUGACUCCGUCCACGCGCAACGGCCACCGCGUCUUCAGCUACACGCUAGAGAGCCACACGGCGGCCGCCUUCGCCAUCAUGAACGAGCUGCGUCUGGAGCGUCAGCUGUGCGACGUCACGCUGCGAGUGCGCUACAAAGACCUGGAGGCGGUGGACUUCGUGGCUCACAAGGUGGUGUUGGCCUCCUCGUCCCCGGUCUUCAGGGCCAUGUUCACCAACGGACUGAAGGAGUGCGGUAUGGAGUUGGUGCCCAUCGAGGGGAUCCAUCCCAGGGUUAUGGACCGACUGAUAGAGUUUGCCUACACCGCCAGCAUCUCCGUGGGGGAGAAGUGUGUGAUCCACGUGAUGAACGGCGCUGUCAUGUACCAGAUAGACAGCGUGGUCAAGGCCUGCUGCGAUUUCCUCGUCCAGCAGCUCGACCCCAGCAACGCCAUCGGCAUCGCCAACUUUGCUGAGCAGAUUGCUUGCACCGAGCUCCACCAGAAGGCCCGCGAAUACAUCUACAUGAACUUCAGCCAGGUAGCGACCCAGGAGGAGUUCUUUAACUUGUCCCACUGCCAGCUGGUCACCCUCAUCAGCCGAGACGAGCUCAAUGUGCGCUGUGAGUCCGAAGUCUUCCAGGCGUGCGUGGCCUGGGUGCGCUACGACCGGGAGAACCGGCGGCCGUACGUCCAGGCGUUACUCCAGGCUGUCCGCUGCCACUCCCUCACCCCCACCUUCCUGCAGGCCCAGCUCCAGUCUCUGGACUGGGACCCCCAGUGUAAAGACUACCUGGCCCAGAUCUUCCAGGACCUCACCCUCCACAAGCCCACCAAAGUCAUCUCCUGGAGAACACCCAAGGUGCCGCAGCUCAUCUACACAGCAGGGGGUUAUUUCCGUCAGUCUCUCAGCUACCUGGAGGCGUACAAUCCCUGCACGCGAGCCUGGCUGAAGCUGGCUGACCUUCAGGUACCCCGCAGUGGCCUGGCAGCCUGUGUGAUCAGUGGGCUUUUCUACGCUGUGGGUGGAAGAAACAACGCACCUGAUGGCAACAUGGACUCGAAUGCAUUGGACUGCUACAAUCCUAUGAACAACUGCUGGCUGCCGUGUUCACCCAUGAGCGUACCAAGGAACAGAAUCGGAGUUGGUGUCAUCGAUGGCAUGAUCUAUGCAGUUGGUGGAUCACAUGGCUGCAUUCAUCAUAAUGGCGUUGAAAGGUAUGAUCCAGAAAGGGACCAGUGGCACCUGGUAGCCCCCAUGUUGACACGGCGCAUCGGGGUGGGUGUUGCUGUCAUCACCCGGCUGCUCUAUGCCGUGGGGGGGUUCGACGGGACCAACCGGCUCAGCUCCUGUGAGUGCUACAACCCAGAGAGAGACGAGUGGAAGACCAUGGCCGCCAUGAACACCGUGCGCUCCGGAGCUGGUGUGUGUUCCCUGGGGAAUCAGAUCUUUGUGAUGGGCGGCUACGAUGGCACCAACCAGCUGAACACAGUGGAGCGCUAUGAUGUGGAGACUGAUACGUGGAGCUUUGCUGCCUCCAUGAGGCACCGACGCAGUGCUCUGGGAGUCACUGCUUUACAUGGACGCAUCUAUGUAUUGGGAGGUUAUGAUGGCAACACUUUCCUGGACAGCGUGGAGUGUUAUGACCCUGAGAAGGACACCUGGUCGGAGGUGACACACAUGACGUCUGGGCGGAGCGGCGUUGGUGUGGCCGUUACCAUGGAGCCGUGCCAGAAAGAACUGCCACAGUGUCAGAGGUCUGAGAGGGAGAGCAACUCCCCGUCACCAACCUAUCAGUCAUCCAACUCCGAUUUUAGCACUCACCACAAUCAGCAGCAGGGCGGGCCCUUCGGAACAGGAGCAUGAGGCUCAUAGCGUGACACUGUCUCGGACGGACGAUCCCAAAUCAAAAGAAAGACCCUCACGAUAAAUUAGAGACAGAAGUGAAACACCACAUGCUGGAUCUGGACAAGCAAAAAAACUAAAUGAAUAACACUUUAUUUUAAAAGUGCAGGGAAAAAUGAAUAAUUUUAGGGUCCACAUUGGAUUAUCCAUAUUAAAUAUGACCCCAGAUCCUACAGUCCACCUUUCUAGUCCGGUAAAUUGAUAAGUUUGUUUGGAAAACUGUGUUCUGCCAAAUAUGAGAGACCUCAGUCCGUCUCUGUUUUCAGAUCUCACAUUUGAAGUCUUAAGUCGGACCAUCAUCUCCCAGGUUUGAGCCACGGGAGGAAAAGGCUGCAGACUAAAAAAGGCCAUUUACCUGCUCAUAGAGCCAACAGGGCUCUAUACACGUAAAGCAAAAGUCAAAUCUGAGGGGAGAAAAGGAUAAUAAUUAGAAUCAUCCCACUAAUCGACACAAAAGUAGCAUUUGUCAGCAUAGUCAGUAUAGAUCAAAGUGCCAUUACAAUGCCUGUGGGCAUUGCUGUCAUCAGUAUAUGGACUUGAGGUGCUUUGAUGGAAAGGCUCAGAGAAUCCCUGUGGUGUGUAGAAAUUGGUUAAGUUAUCCCAGACAUCCACAAGUGGAAGCUUAUACAUGAGAAAGGGCCUCAUGCAAGACCAUUUUCUGUAUCCUCAUCCUAAACCUCUCACAUUUUUCUGUGAUGUUUGCUAGAAUGUGUCCUAAGUCAGAUUCAGCAAAAUCUCUUAACCCCACAAAUUUGUUAAUUUCAGCCAAAUUAAUGACAUCUGUUCAAGAGUAGGUAUGCACUUAAAGAUAAUGAUAAUACUUUUAAUAUUAUAAUACAAUGCUACUUGUUUUGUUUGUAGGCAGGUUCAUUCAUCACCCAUCCCAUAAUUAAGACAAAAAUAAUUUCACUCUGGAGUUUCAAGUGUUUUUGUCGGAAAUCAGAUGAGCAUUUAACAAAGUUAGUGUUUGUAGUCUUGUAAGUGGAUACACAGAAUUAAGGGGGAAAAAAACAACCUGAUUAAAAAAUCUGAUGAUGGAAAUCAUACUUAUCUGGUGAACUCAUGUAUUUAUUUUUAUUAGUUUAUUUUGGCAAUACAUUUAAUCUCCAAAUUCAUUCAGAUUAAGACAUAAAUCUUCAGAGAAAUGAUUUUCCUGUCGAGAAAGGCCUACAUUUUGUUUAAUAAAAUUGAUGAUGGCCACAAAUUCUCAAUUUACGAUAUGAAUCUGUUCACACAAGUGGUUCUUGCAUGAGGCCCAAAGUCUCAAAUUCAAAAGCUUGUAGAAGAGAAGCAGGACCUUUUUUUUUUUUUUUUAAAUCUGCAGUGUAACAAAUGUUCUUCCACUAAUAUCCAGAUUCAUGAGAUGUGCUUUUUAUUCGGAAGUGUUGGCAAGUAGUCAUUUGCCAACACUUCCGAAUAAGUGUUGCUUCUUGUAGGGGUGUCAGAAAGUCUGGUCCAGUAUAAUUGAGUGUAUGGAGUGCCAAGAGAACGAAGAAACAGGCUUUGACUGUGUUUAGAGGAAACGGAAUACUGUAGCAUUUAAAAACUUUGAUUCAAACAUGAGACCCUGCGCCUACAGUUGACUUUUUGGCCUUUGCUUCCACCAGACCUCAAAAGAGAAGUGACCAUGUUUGUGCAUUAGUGUUCAGACAUUGUACGCUAAUAACAAAGACUUGCUUAAAGAAGUGUAUUUGUAACAGCACAUUAAGCUAAAAAGGUUUUUCAGUGACGUUUUGUACAUUGAUAUUCUAAGAAGUCUUGUACAGAAUCUCAGAGCUCACUUUUUUAUUUAUUUGUUCAGGAUCCUUUUGGUUUUCUUGUUCCUCUAAACUGACAUCAGCUUUGUACUAAAUUGGACUCUGGUGUUGUGUUUUUCAAUAACUAGCAUGCCUUGUAACUAAGUAGAAAUGCCUGUUAAUUUUGGAUGUUUGUAAAAAGAAAAUGCUUCACUUCUAAAGGGACUUUUUUUUUUUUCCUGUCUGUCAGUAGUUGGAAUGGAAAUUAGAAUAUUUAAGGUCUGCUUUGUACAUUUUUUUUCAGCAAAAUUAC